AUGUCUCUCAAUAUCCCGAAUGCGCCAAAUGCAGGCUUGUUCAAGCAGGGAUACAAUACCUAUGAUUCCGAAGAUGGAGCUGUUCUCCGUAAUAUUGAUGCCUGCCGUACGAUCGCUUCAACAGUGCAGACUUCCCUGGGACCUUACGGACGAAAUAAGAUUGUUAUCAACCAUCUGCAGAAGAUGAUACUCACUUCCGAUGCCGCCACUAUCCUCCGCGAACUCGAUGUCGUACAUCCAGCAGCAAAGCUUGUCGUUAUGGCAAGUCAGCAACAAGAAGCUGAGAUGGGAGAUGCUACAAAUCUUGUUAUCGUACUUGCGGGGGAGCUUCUCAAGAAAGCCGAGGAUUUGUUGCGGAUGGGCCUGAAAACUAGCGACGUUUUUCGAGGAUACGAGCUAGCACAGACAUUUGCUCUGAAUGAGCUCGAGAACUUGGUUGUAGACAAGGUUGAGGAUCUGCGGUCACAGGCAGAGCUUAGCAAAGCUAUCAGAACGGUUGUUGCUAGCAAGCAGAACGGCAGCGAGCAAUUCCUGGCAGACAUGGUCGCCGAGGCUGUCCUCGCAGUCCUUCCCAAAAACCCGGUCAACUUCAAUGUCGAUAACAUUCGUGUGGUAAAGAUCAUGGGUGGAAGCCUUGAACAGAGUAGAGUAGUCAAGGGUAUGGUUUUCGGUCGGGAACCUGACGGAUCCGUCAAGAAGGCUGUCAGAGCUAAAGUUGGUGUGUUCUCGUGUCCGAUCGAUACCAGCCAAACCGAGACGAAGGGUACUGUUCUGUUACAUAACGCCAAAGAAAUGAUGGAUUUCACCAAGGGCGAGGAGACACAGCUUGAGGCACACAUCAAGGAGUUGUUUGACUCUGGACUGCGUGUGGUUGUUGCUGGUUCUACAGUUGGAGAGCUUGCUAUGCACUACCUCAACCGCUUUGGUAUUUUGGUCAUCCGUAUUCUCAGCAAAUUUGAGCUUCGUCGGUUAUGCAGAGUCGUUGGAGCGACACCUCUAGCCCGACUUGGUGCACCAAUGCCAGACGAAAUGGGAAGUGUUGAUAUUGUGGAGACCUUGGAGAUUGGAGGGGAUCGAGUCACAGUGUUCAGACAAGAGAACGAGACUACGAGAACAGCAACACUCGUGAUUCGAGGCGCGACCCAAAACCACCUCGAUGAUAUUGAGCGUGCAGUCGAUGACGGAGUCAAUGUUGUUAAGGCGAUUACAAGAGACCCUAGACUGGUUCCAGGUGCUGGUGCCACAGAGAUGCAACUGGUUGAGCGGAUACAGGCUUUCGGUGAAAAGACACCUGGUCUUGCGCAGUAUUCCAUCCGAAAGUUCGGCGAGGCCUUUGAGGUUAUCCCCCGAACUCUGGCUGAGAGCGCUGGUCUUGAUGCUACGGAAGUUCUGAGCAGAUUGUACACAGCACACCACAAGAAAGAUAGCUGGGAUACCGGAGUUGAUAUUGAGAAUGAGGAUAACACCGGCAUUCUGGACGCCAAGGAUGAAGGAAUCUUGGAUCUUAUGAUCUGUAAGAGCUGGGCUAUCAAGCUUGCGACUGAGGCUGCUCGAACCGUUCUUUCUGUAGAUCAGAUUAUCGUUGCUCGACAAGCUGGUGGGCCAAAACCACCUGGACCUAACCCUAACUGGGAUGAAGAUUAG